UUCGCUUGUCAGCCUUCGACGGGUGGAGGAGGAGGUUAGCUGCUCGUCGUUCGCCAGUCCUCCGCGAGAUGGCAGAGCGCGCGGUAGACACCACCGCAGCAGGUCCUCAUGUCGAAGUGGAGGUCGCUUCAGAAGUACUGCUACCUCUUCUCCAUCAGAAAUGUAGCCGAGCGGAGGAGCGCGGGGCGACCAGGUCGCCGCUACGCGCGGGCUGCUCCGAGGCCGCCGCCUGGCUCCGGCGGCGAGCCAAGGGCGCCUGCAGCAAGGAGGCGGUGUACCGCAAGCUGCCCGCGGCCCGGUGGCUGCCGCGCUACCGCCCCAGCUACCUGCCGCACGACCUGCUGGCGGGAUUCACCGUGGGGCUCACCGCCAUACCGCAGGGCAUCGCGUACGCCAUCGUGGCCGGCCUGGGUCCUCAGUACGGGCUCUACUCGUGCUUCAUGUCGUCCUUCAUGUACAUCCUGGUGGGCAGCUGCAAGGACGUGACGGUGGGUCCGACGGCCAUCCUGGGGCUGCUGACCCAGCCAUACGUCUUGCAGCCCUACAUGCCGCCCAUGGCCGACUUCGCCGUGCUGCUCGCCUUCCUCAACGGUUCCAUCAUCUUCCUGCUGGGAGUGCUGCACUUGGGCUUUCUCGUGGACUUCAUCUCGAUCCCGACGACCGCCGGUUUCACGGCUGCGGCCGCCAUCACCAUCGCCUCGUCGCAGCUGAAGAGCCUGCUGGGCAUCCCCGGCCGCGCCGACAACUUCCUCAACACCUGGAUCAGCUUCUUCAGCAACAUCACGCAGGUGCGGCUGUGGGACAGCGUGCUGGGGAUCAGCACCAUCAUCGCACUGCUCGUCCUGAGGAAGCUGAAGGACUUCGCGGCGGGCAGGAACAACCCCCAGGUGCCGGUGGGCAAGCGGGUGCUCCGCUACGCGCUGUGGCUCACGUCGCUCGCCAGGAACGCGCUGGCCAUCAUCGUGGGCACCGUCCUGGCCUACACGCUGUCCGACGAGCACGGCGAGAACAGCCCCUUCGUGCUCACAGGCGAGAUCAACCAAGGACUGCCUCCCUUCGCGCCGCCUCCCUUCAGCACUUCAGGCAACGGCACGGAGUUCAGCUUCGGCGACAUGGUGGGCGUCUACGGCACGGCGCUGGGAGUGGUGCCGCUCGUGUCCAUCCUGGGCCACAUCGCCAUAGCCAAGGCCUUCACCAAGGGCAGGCCCAUCGACGCCACCCAGGAGCUGAUCGCGCUGGGGCUGUGCAACAUGUCGGGCAGCUUCGUGAGGUCCAUGCCCGUCACCGGCUCCUUCACCCGCACCGCCGUCAACAACGCCUCAGGGGUGCGCACCACCCUGGGUGGCAUGUUCACAGGAAUCCUGAUCCUGCUAACGCUGACGUUCCUCACGUCCACCUUCGCCUACAUCCCUCGCGCCAGCCUGGCGGGGCUGAUCGUGUGCGCUAUGAUCUUCAUGGUGGAGGUGGAGAUCAUCCCCAUGAUCUGGAGGACCAAGAAGGUGGACCUUCUUCCCCUGGCCGGGACCUUCCUGUUCUGCCUGUUCCUCAGCCUGGAGUACGGCAUCAUCAUCGGCGUGGCCAUCAACCUGUUCUUCAUCCUGCACAAGUCCGCCAGGCCUUCCGUCAGCAUCCAGCGCCUGUCGGCGUGCCAACGUGAGGUGCUGCUGGCGCGGCCCGACAGCGGCCUGUUCUUCCCCGCCGCCGAGAACAUCCGCGAGGCGGUGCUGCGGGCGUGCGCCAAGACCCCCGGGGACUGCCGCCUGGUGGUCGUGGACGGAAGCUUCGUGCACUCCACCGACUCCACCGUCACCAAGAACCUGAAGCUGCUGUCGGAGGACCUGAAGGCGAACGGACGCACGCCCGUGUACUGGAACUGGAAGCCCGACGUGGAGCGGAGCUGCGUGCGUCUGGACGACAAGAUGGCGGACGUGUUCAGCCGCGCGACCUCCGUGGAGGCCGUGGUCAAAGACCUGGGACUGGACAAGGGGGCCGAGGACUCGGGGGAGGCGCCCGCGGCGAACGGCAGCCACCCCGCGUGACCAGGGCUGCGCGAGACGGCGGAGGUCACUGCCGCCAGCUCGCCGCUGGAGCGACACUUCCAGCGGAGCACCUGUCACCAGCACGCAACUGUGCCUUGCCGCCUUUGUACUUUCACUGACACUCCUUCAAACCCCCACCUUUGUACUUUCAAUGACACUCCUUCAGACCCCCCGCCUUUGUACUUCCACUGACACUCCUUCAAACUCCCACCUUUGUACUUCCACUGACACUCCUUCAAACCCCCCACCUUUGUAUUCCCACAAACCCCCACCUUUGUACUUUGACACUCCUUCAACCCCCCCCCCCCCCCACCAUUGUACUUUCACAGACACUUCUUCAAAACCCCCACUUUUGUACUUCCAUUGACACUCCUUCAAACCCCCCACCUUUGUACUUCUUCUGACACUCCUUCAAACCCCCCACCUUUGUACUUUGACACUCCUUCAACCCCCCCCCCCCCACCUUUGUACUUACACUGACACUCCUUCAAACCCCCACCAUUGUGCUUUCACUGACACUCCUUCAAACCCCCACCUUUGUGCUUCCACUGACACUCCUUCAAACCCCCCACCUUUGUGCUUUCACUGAAACUCCUUCAAACCCCCACCUUUGUGCUUCCACUGACACUCCUUCAAACCCCUUUACACUGGGCGAGGAUUGUAAACUACGCAAGCCCACACAGAACUACAGAUUAUUUCAUACAAACUUGACAUGCGUGUUUCAUGCAUCUAAUAACAUUGGUACACGUGUAUUCAUAUCUUGUUUUAAAGAAAUCAUCAAUAAUAAAAAAUAAAAACCAAAA